ACGACCGUUCAGCAGCUCAGUUCUUUUCCCGUUGAUUCUACAGUGUAGCUAGAGUUCUUUUCUCGUGCCUGUGUAGAGACGCGAUCGGUCGCGUAGUUUUGCGCAAAAUAAUGUUCAGAAUUUGGACCAGAAGCUCAACGCGAAGUUCGGCGACCGAUUUAAACAGCCGUACAUCUUAUUUUUAUCAGCCAAGAGAAUGUAGCGGUCAUUCGAGGAUCUUGGGUAAAUUAAUUUCGUAGUUCCAUAUAGACAGAGGCAGCACUUAACCAAGUACGAACUAGCUAACGGGCUAAUUCAUUGCGCAUCCCUGUGAGCUUAGCCGCGGAGGCUAGCGGUGCGCGCGCAUGUCUGCGAGAGUAGUUGGCUGUAAUAAACGCUAAACAACGAAGCAACUGGUUGAGCCAAACAUAAUGGUAUGGGUCAAAGGGACAUCACAGCGUUCGAGGCGUCCAUGAAACGAAAAAAAGGAAUUCCCAUUGCCUCUAUGUGUCUACUGGAUGUGGAGUCCGCUGUUGGGAAGAAGGAAGUUGAGCCCUCCGGAGGAGAUGGUGCCCUUUCCUCGUCAAGGUACAUGUUGGGCCGGGGGGUGAAACGUAAGCUGAGCACAUGUGAGGACCCUGCCCAGGACUUGCCAUAUCCUCAGCAGAGGCAGCUGGUGCUGGACUUGUGUCUAGACAAGCUACAAAGCUGCCAACGGCGAGCUGAACCUAGCCUGCACCGUUCGGUCCUGUUGGCCAACACCCUCCGCCAGAUUCAGCAGGAGAUGAGACAGGAGGGGGAAACAUGUUUGCCACCAGCCCCUCUCGGCCCCUCGCUCCCUCUCGCCUCCACCCCACGCCACUUCCCCGACCUGCCACCUGUGCCCUUAUACUGUCCUCCACCCCUAACCGGAGCACUGUCCCCUUCAUUCCCCCUCAUGACGGCUGAGGAUGAGGAGGUCCAGUUGUGCGGCACUGAAAACAAGACACUUUUGCCAUCCCUUGCUGGUGAGGACGACACAAGAUCGUCGGAUUCGCUUUUCAGCUCUUUUGAGAUUACUAAUUCCACCAGCUACUUGACAGACUUGCCGUUGGAUGACAUCUUUGAAGACAUCGACACGUCGAUGUACGACGACUCUGACAUUUCGGUCCUGGCGUUUCCUGCGCAGAGAAGCAGCGGGGUGGACGAUGGCCUCAAGACCGUUUCCUGCUGCACAUCCAACAGCAGCCUACAGCUCUGUCUCUCAGACAUCAACGACCUGGACCACAUCAUGGAGAUCCUGGUGCGCUCCUGAACCAAGGCUCGCACCACAGUGUCCUCAUUCAGCCAUCCCAAUGUUUUCUAUGGGAAAUGAAUAAUACAAUGUGUUUUCUUUAAAAAAAACAAACAAAAAAAAACAUUUGAUCUAUUUUUAUGCAAAGGACUGAUAUAUUUAUAUAUGAUAAAAGGAAACUGCCUGACACACUCUCACUGUAGGAUAAAUGCACAUUUUAAAAAAUUUUCAGAUGGUCAAGCUUACGCUGCCAUCCUUCAGAUUUAAGCAAACCAAGAUAUGAAUAUGCAGGGACUUUGGAAACAAAUACAAAGUAUUACCAUUGACACUUAUUUAUAUUGGAUAGUGACUCAGUUGUAUUUAAAACAAGGAGGAGAUUGAAGAAAAGUGGAUCAUGAUGAACGCUCCAUAGCUUUUGAUGAGCUAAAAGACAUGUAUGAUCUCCACUGUAUUCUGAAGCAUUACAUUUACUGUCAGUAAUUAUGAUAAUCAGAUCAUGUCAUGCACAUGCAGCACUCACACUACCUCUCAAGAUACCAAGACCUCUUUCUCUAUACAAAGACUGUCGUUGUUACAACUGUAUUUGAACGGUUUCUCUCCAAUAACUUUCAAAACUGCUGAUUGUUUUAUAUAUGGCUCUCUGUUCACAGGAAGGCCUCUCCUCAAAUGUUAGGACUCAGUCCAAAGCUAUAGCUGUAGAAGAAAAGCUUUUGUCUCGAUCUUUCUAUUCAACACCUUCUUUUCGAAACGUUUCUGGUUUCAGAACGAGCUGUUGCUUGUGUAAAAAGUGAUCUAUAUUUUCUAAUCACUUGGAAUUUAAUGCUAUUUCUACUUUUCAUGUACAUGAUUGUCAGACACAGCCACCGUCAAAUCCCUCGUAUGAACAUAGUGCCUACAACGGAGAAUGAAGACUGCCGAUGAUGAACUGCACACUGUGGACCCGCACAUAGACUUGCUUGAGUUUGCGCUCCUUAAGUGGGUUGUUUGCCACUUUUUGAGCAUUUAGCAUGAUCCUCUGUCCUCUAAAGAAGCCAUUACCCGAAUGUGGGUCCACAUCUCCUCUUUGCUGUUCUUCAUUGUGAUCUACACUGCAAAAAGCUGAUCGUGGAUGUCUGUGGAUGCCUCUCGUGAUGUCUCGAGGACCAUUUCUGAAUGUCCAAGCUUACUCGUGUGGAGCAGAACUGAUGUCUCACUUGUUUGCUUUUUCCCUUCAUCACGAGCCAUUUCCACCACAACUUAGUUAUUAGUUACUACUCAAACGUGUGCAGUGGUAGACCAGAGCAAGGCCCUUGGUUUUUGACCUGUAUUAACAUACACUGAACAUUAAGUUGCUGCAAUCGAAUGCGAAAGAGCCACAAGCUGCUGUCUCCAUUAAGACUGGGCAGAAACAGGGGGAGGGGAAGAACCAGAGAGCCAGAUUAGAGUUAAAGCAAACAGCUCCCGUCACGUGGAGAGCCGUGCUAGUGGUGAACGCUACAUUGAGAGUUUGACAACAGCUGGUAUGUGUGUGUGCUCACACCAAGCCCCGCCCCUAGUGAGGCCCCAAGGAGCUAUGAUCUCCUCCUGACCAAUCAUUUUAGUUUAAGGGAGGAGUUUUGUUCUCUGUCUGCUUUAUGUGGAAAAGAAUAACAAGUGGAAGCGGUUCAAUUUGGUCUGUUAGCUCAUGGUGGAAUGUCUUCCUUUGCCUCUGGAUGGCUCACUUUAAUCAUUAGU